GCCACUGCGCCUGCGCGGAAGCGAGCAACACUGGCAGCGGAACCAUUGAUGGAUCUCGCUCAGAAGAGCACGCUGGGUCCCUGAAACAGCAUUUAAUUUAACUUUCUGCUGUUCCGCGUGGAUUCCUAUCACUAAAAGGCUUGAAGUCGGGUGUUUCCGGCGGGUUUUGGGUCCCGGGCAGACAUGGAUCUGGUCCGGAACAAGCACCUGCGGCCUCAGCUGCGCGACGACGAGGCGCUGCUGCUGGAGAACGCCGUCCGCCUGGCCGUGGACUCCGUCCUGAACGCGCUGUGCGGGCUGCACGGCGCCCGGGCCCGCGAGUACGAGCGGACGGUGGCCGAGAGGGACCGGGAGAUCCAGCGGCUGCAGCGGGAGCUGCAGGGGCUGCGAGCCCGGGGCUGCGCAUGCGCGGGGCCGCCGCCCGGACCCGGGGGUCACAUGGAGCCCCAGCUGGGCCGGUGCCGGACCCCCGGACCCCGGCAGGAGCCGCCGCAGGGCGGCCACGACCCCGGGAUGGGGCCGGACGGAGCCGCGGAGUGCGAGAUGAGGCUGUCCUUGGGGGUUUUCGCCCGGCCGCCCUCCCGCGUCUCCUCCUUCAGCCACGAGUCGGCCCCCCCGUCGUCCCCCAGCCGGCCGGGCUCCGACCAGACCAGCACCUCCCGCUCCUCGGAGGCCGACGCCGGACACCCCCCGGCCGAUCCUGGGGCGUCUCCUGGGGCGUCUCCCGGCAGCCCCGUCGUCAAGGAGGAGCCCUGCGACAUCAACGCCAUCCUGAUCGAGUGGGAGAUGAGCGAGGAGAGGCUGUCGGAGCAGCGGGACCGACCCGGCAGCCCGCUGCAGGACCGCUGGAGCCCCGGCGAGGACGUGAAACUGGAGGACAUGGAGGGGAAACAGUCCGGGGAGAAGCCUGGAGUCGACCCGGGAGGAAGUGGAGCCGCUGAGGGAGAACCUCUGAGGAGCAGGAAGAGGAGCGUCCGGAUGUCUGAUCUGCCAGAGGAGGCCCAGCGGCUGAAGAGGGCGGCCUGGAGGGCGGCGUCGCGCCGCUACUACGCCCGGAAGAUGGCGCGCCAGAAGGGGGCGCCGUCGCGCCCCGCGCCCUUCGCCCACAUCCUGGGCCCCCCGGAUUCUCACGCCGGCUGGUUCACGGACUCGAGGCGGCGGGCGAUGAUGGCGGGGCCGCCGGACGCCGCUGCGCUGGCGCCGCCCAGGGACGCCUGGAGGCCGUCGCCACGGCGACACCACGCCCGUAGGGCGGCCCCCCACCAGACUGAGCAGGACCUGACCCGGGGCGGGGGGCAGGGAGACGGGCCCCACGCCGGCGGGGGGGGCAUCCUGUGCAGCUGACGCGCAGAAACCCCCUGAAACUGUGAUUUUUAUGAAUAUUCAGACACUGCCUCCCUCUGCAGGGGGGCACAAACUUCCAGGGGGGGGAGUUUGUGAUGUCAGCGACAACCUUCAACUCCGUCAUCUCCGUCUGCCCGAAACAGGGUCAAAACUAAACCCCUCCCACACUACUGAACCGCCCGCCUGGGUCGCUAUGGCAACCGGCCGCCGUGGGCGUUGCUACGAUUUAAGACAAUUCCUUCAACAGUUUUUUUUGUGUGUGUUUUGAGGAUUUUAAACAAAAAUGUGCAAGAAAAGCUUAAUAUCUGAAGAAAGGAAGAUAAACAGGAAGUAAAACUACGUCUCUGGGAGGCGCAGCGAAGUCUGGAGGGUGUUUUUACUUUUAGACAAAAGUGAAAACACUUUAACAACCGACUGAGGAGAAGUUAUGAUGUUUGAUUUAAAACAAAAAAAAAACAACGGAGACUCAUCCUCCCUUUUUUUAAACCUACCAGCAACCAAUUUAUCAUGUAAGUCCAACUUUAUAUAUCUGUUUUUAUCUUAUUGUCUCAAGUCGCGUCGUCUUGGUUACGGGCUGGAGUUCAUCAUCUCGGGUCGAUGAGCUGCCGGUCCGGAGGCGACAGAAGUUGAUCUCUGGAAAGUGAAGCUCAGGGUCGACCGUGUUGUUUCAUAGAGGAGCGAGAGACGCAACAGAAGAUAAGAGGACGGUCUGGAACCCGGCGCGUGUUUACGGUCGCCACGGCAACGUCGUCAAGGAUGUCUGGGUCGCAUCAACAAGGGACCGCCUGACUCUGUCCACGGAGACGGAUUAAUCGUCUGGUUCAGAUCAGGUUUAUUUCCACAUGUGAAUCUGGGAAUAUUUUAAUCCAUGAUUGGUUGUUUUUGUUUUUUUAAUUGCUUUUAAAUUUGUAUUUUAAUCGAUUUUACACACAAAUUUGUGUAUAAAUCAAAAAGAAAU